CGGAGAAAGGAAGGAAGGAAGGAAGGAGGGUGAAAGGGAGAAGAAGGAUCCGAUUAAUGGAAAGGGUGAUCAAAGUAGAGGGUGACGACAGGGGAGGUAUCAGCAGCAGGCAGAGGGUGCCAGCUGCGGCGGCGAUCGCGGCACUACUGGCCAGCCUGAGCACGGAUACUGGGGCCGGAGGGGUGGAGGGAGGAGGAGGAGGAGGAGGAGGAGCAGGAGGGGGGGGACKUGGGGGGGGGGGSGGGGGGAAAUCGCGGACUUUACGCGGGCAGCGGAUUGAUUAUAUGGCGCUGUCGGAAGGAAAGGAGCCUGGGUCGCGUUGGGCAGAGGCGCAUACUGGCGCCUCGGGAGGGGAGCGAGGAGGGGACGAACUCCUAGGAGAUGACGAAUGCAGUAAUCGGCGCGGUACGGGGGCGGGAGCGGGAACGGCUGUCCACGUGGCGGCGAGCGAGAGAGAAAUGCCCGGCCUUUGUCGCCCAUGGAGUGCAACUAGCAGAAGGGCAGGAAUGAUCACUCGGAGCGGAUCGCCUGUCACCGGGACAGCUGGUUCUUGGGCCGCAGGUGCAGCAAUUGCAGCAUCUGCAGGCGGGGGAGGGGAGGAGGGAGGAGGAACCACUAGGGGCCAAACAGGUGCUUACGAGGUGCAAUUGAGAAGGGGCGGGGGAGGAGUGUCGGGUGUGUCAGCGGCAGCAAGCGUGAACACUGAUCCCAGAGUCAAUGGGUUACGUGGUGGCAGUGGAGGGGGAGGGGGAGGGGGAGGGGGAGGGUUGGGUCCUGGAGUGAAGAAGAAGCGCAUGUCUUGCGUGUCCUUGGAAAAGGUUCCGGACGAACACCGGUGCAGAAGAGCAGAUGGAAGGAAAUGGAGGUGUGGACUGAGGCGCGCGGAGGGAUCGAGUUUUUGCGAGAAGCAUUGGCAAGAAGCGAAGGCGAAAGCCGAACGGCGCGCAGUGGCCAAGCAGCAAAGGGACAGACUGAAUCGUGCGGCUAGUAAUCCGCCGCCGAGGAGAUCUGAGAACCAGCAAGAGCAGUCGCAACAACAGCAACAGCAGCAGCAGCCGCAGCAGCAGCAGCACAAGGAACAGGAGCACCAACAUAGGAGAAGGGAGGAGGAAGGGUGUGAAGGGGGAGGGGGAGGGGGAGGGGAGAGAGGUGUGCACGUGCGUUACCAGGUAGGUCAAAAUGGCGGAGGAAGAACUGGGAGCGCGCACGGCGCGAACCAUGUGAUCGACGUGUCACGCAGUCCCAGCCGGGGCCAUGCAGCAGCGAGAAGGCUGGGGCGAGAGGCAGGGGCAAGUGCAACAGGGAACCAGUCAAGUGACGGUGUUAAGGGGUUGGGGACGAGAGCCAUCCCCUGUGGAGGAUCGCCGGUGGAAGGCCUCCAUGAAGGUUUCACUGCGAUCGAUGACAGCAGUGGCGGGGAAACCAGCAGCGGGGAAGGUGCGGGAGGAGGAAGACGAGACGGCGGAGCUCGCGCAGGUGUUCCAUCCCCAGGAGUAGGAGGAGCAAAAGGGGUGGCAGCAUCACCAUCACCAUCACCAACACCAACACCAGCAGCAGCAGCAGGAGGAGGAGGAGGAGGAAGAGGGGUGGGAAACAUCUCCACGGCCGUGGAUGGCAGCAACAACAAUCACACGAGGGCGACCAGCGGCCAGGCGGGCCCCGAAAAGGAAGGAGGGGGCCAGAUGCAGACACGGUGUCUCUUCACAGGUGGGCAUCCCUCGUGGCGUUGCAAGCAACUUGCUGUUCCGGGAAAGCGGUGCUGUCCUAAGCAUUUGCGUAAGGGGGGCAAGCGUAUAAUGGCACACGUCAACGCAAAUGGGAUAGGCAGUGGAGGGCGUGGAGGAACGGCGAGUAUCGAAGCUCGCAGAGCGCUGAACCCCUCAGGAUCGAGAGAAGAACUGCCAACCAGAGCGUCCUCACCUCGUCGUUCGCCCAGCAGCAACCACUGCGAAGAGCUGCUAGCUGAAGGACGGGCUGAAGUAGUAGGAGCAGCUGGAGCGGGAGGGGGAGUAGGUGUGGGGGGAGGAGAAGCCUCGUUCGUUAGUAACCUCGAUUGUCGGCUGGCGGGAAACGCACUGUCGCCGGGUGGAACAGGAGCGGCAGCAGCGGAAGCAACGGCAACGACGGCGGGAGCAGCAUCAGCGCAAGCACCUGCAAUAGGCGGGGAGGAGGCACCGCAUAUUCUGAUUCAGGAAGUGCCAGCGAACGGAGAUUGUCUAAGGGCUGGCGAGCGUGUGCCAACUUGCUGUCCAAUGCUGCAAUGUACAAGAUGGGCAUUAUGGGAGACGUGGAUGUGGGUGGCUCACAUUUACAACUUCAUCAAUGUGGUGAGCCUCGCACAUGAGAACCAAAAAGCUCUAGAUGCUCUGGAUGCUCUGGAUGCUCUUGAUUUUCUGGAUGUCCCGGGUGUCCUGGAUGGUCUUCGUAUCCUGGAUACCCCAUAUGCCGGUGUCCUUAUGACACCUUUGCUUAACCCUGCUGGUUGUUGAAAUGUGUUUGAACUGUGUUUGCUUUGCUCAGUUCUGCAGCAAUUCCACCAAGGAUAACGGGUGUGGGGGCCCCUCAGCUGAUCUCUGGGGUCU